UUAUGGCUUUUCCUGUUUCCUUGCUGUGGGAAGGGAAGGUGCUGUUGGUGGUUUGGGGCUGUGCAGAAGAGACCUCUGGAAGCCCUGUGCAUAACGGCAUCUUUCUCCUCCGGGAAAUACCUCGAGCGACCGGUACCAUUCUACCCUUGGGCUGUGGUUAACGCAAACCCGGUGGACUUCGCUCCAGGCAUAGCUACUUCACCUUGCCUCCAAGAUGGCAAUCCAGUUUCGUUCACUCAUCCCCUUGGCAUUGCCUGGGAUGCUAGCGCUCCUUGGCUGUUGGUGGUUUUUCUCUCGUAAAAAAGGUCGGCUCAGCAGCAAGGAAAAGCAGGCGGAGACACUGAAGAUUAGUCCUGCCAUCAAGGACCGACUCCCCAGGGAAGAGGCCUGUCCUGGAGUCAUGUCUGUGCCCCCCCGUGUCACACAGCCUCCAGAAAAGGAACAGCUCUUUGUGGUCAGGUCUUCUGCAGAAACCCCAGCCUUGCCAAGGGCGCGUCAGGUCCGCCGAAGAUCAGAGUCCUCAGGCAACCUCCCCAGCAACAUAGACACAAGGUUGCAGCCAGGACCCUGCAGAAGUGAAAACUCAAAGGUGGAACUCUCCCUGAUAGGGGACGAAGCCACAUCUAUCCCUCAUGGAUAUCCUCUUUUUCCAAAGGAUGUGCCCUUCCCCUGUGAAGCCGUGGAAGGGUGCAAGCAAGGGUCUGCACUGGGCAAAGGUCCUGGAAGGGGCAGGCUCAGCCAGUGUACAGCCUCUGGAGAGAAAACAAGAGAGACCGGCGGGACAGAGGGGACUGGAGAUGCUGUGUUGGGGGAAGGUGUACCUGAGGAAGGCCUGUUGUCCCAGGAGUGUUUCUCAGAAGUGAAGAAAAGUGAGGUUCCAAGUCUGGCCCCCUGGGGAGCUGGGGGAGAGAAGGUGAGCAGUGCUCCCCCACAGGCGGCCGAGCUUGCAAAGAAGGAAGAAUAUGUUGUUGAAAAGUUGCCGGUUCACUCGGAGCUGGUUAAGGAUGAGGAUGCUUUGGUACCCGAGGUCAGAGGUAGCAAUACUCAGGACCUGGCCAGAGAGCUGGACAAGGAUGAGACCGUGCCUGAAAAUGAUCCGAUUGAGCAGGCUGCUUUCCAGAUUAUCUCCCAGGUGAUCUUGAAAGCGACUAAAGAGAUAGAGGCUACCACAGUGGGCACGACUGUGGCACAAGUGCAUCCAACCUCAGCUACUCAGCCUCAGGGGCAGGAGGAGAGCUGUGUCCCAGACAGCCAGGGAACUGGACUGGGACAAGACACCCCAGAUCUUGCGUCCACAACAACAGGUGCCACUGCCAGCCCAUCAGCGGAAGCCCUGCCACCAAAGACCUAUGUGAGCUGCCUCAGCAGCCCUCUGUCGGGCCCUACAAAGGACCAGAAGCCAAAGAACUCUGCACGCCACAUCUCGCUGGCCAUUUUCCCACCACCAGUUACCCCACAGAGACCAUCUCUGGAUGGGGCAAGUGACCUGGGAGGAGAUGACACCUUUGUCACCUGUACGUCCAACAACGGCCAGAGUGUCCUUUCAGUGACAACCUCGGGGCGGUGCUCAGAUUCUGUCAGCACUUUGGGGCUUGAAGACUCUUGCACAGAGACCAUCUCAAGCCCUGGAGACAAAGCUGUCAGCCUGCCACUGGCAGACAGUACUGAGCCCUUCAGCAAUGGGUUGCUAAAGGAGGGGUUGUCAGACUUGGGGGCCGACGAUGGAUGGACCGUGGAUACAGAAGCAGAUCACUCAGGAGGUUCUGACGGGAACAGCAUGGAUUCAGUGGAUAGCUGUUGCGGGCUCACCAAGCCAGAUAGCCCCCAGAAUGUCCAGGCAGACGCCAACCCUAAGAAGGUUGACCUCAUCAUCUGGGAGAUUGAGGUGCCAAAGCAUUUAGUUGGCCGACUGAUUGGCAAGCAGGGCCGGUACGUGAGUUUUCUGAAGCAGACAUCUGGUGCCAAGAUCUACAUCUCCACUCUGCCUUACACACAGAACAUCCAGAUCUGCCACAUAGAAGGCUCUCAGCACCAUGUAGACAAAGCUUUGAACUUGAUUGGGAAGAAGUUUAAGGAACUGAACCUCACCAAUAUCUACGCGCCACCACUGCCUUCACUGGCGCUGCCCUCCCUGCCAAUGACGUCAUGGCUCAUGCUGCCCGAUGGUAUCACUGUGGAAGUCAUCGUGGUCAACCAGGUCAACGCCGGACACCUGUUUGUUCAGCAGCACACACACCCCACCUUCCAUGCGCUGCGCAGCCUGGACCAGCAGAUGUACCUCUGUUACUCUCAGCCUGGAAUCCCCACCUUGCCCACCCCGGUGGAAAUAACGGUUAUCUGCGCUGCCCCUGGUGCGGACGGGGCCUGGUGGCGAGCCCAGGUAGUGGCCUCCUAUGAGGAGACCAAUGAGGUAGAGAUUCGCUACGUGGACUAUGGUGGAUAUAAGAGGGUGAAGGUCGACGUGCUCCGGCAAAUUAGGUCUGACUUUGUGACCCUGCCAUUCCAGGGAGCAGAAGUCCUUCUGGACAGUGUGGUUCCGCUGUCAGAUGAUGACCACUUUUCACCAGAGGCAGACGCAGCCAUGAGUGAGAUGACGGGCAACGCAGCACUGCUUGCCCAGGUGACAAGCUACAGCGCGACUGGCCUUCCUCUGAUUCAGCUGUGGAGUGUGGUUGGAGAUGAAGUGGUGCUGAUAAACCGGUCGCUGGUGGAGCGAGGUCUUGCACAGUGGGUGGACAAUCACUAUGCCAGCCUUUGACCCCCUGAGCAGCUUCAGUCUUUUUUCUUUUCUUUUUUUUUUCACUGUUGAGAUUGGGCUUGGCACUCAGGACAGAGAUUUACAGCAGAGUAACAAACAUUGCUCUCUCUCUCUCUCUCUCUCUCUCUCUUGAGUAUUCUUUCCCCCAUUCUGUAGUCCUGUGGAGAAGCAGGUUCCUCCCCCAGGAGGAGCUUCGGGUUCCUUUCAGAGCCUUUGGAUGGUGUUUCACCAGCCCGCUGGCUUAGCCCGCCUGGGGGCCGUCUGCAGGGAGGUCUCUUAACCAGGCUGUCCUGUUCCCAUUCUAUCCGCUCCCCUCUCCGCACCAAAACCCCACACACUACAGCAGGCAGGCCGGGGCGGGUGUGGGGCUGGCUGAGAGGGUCAACUUCAGUCUUUUUUUUCAGGGAUUAAUGGAUUCCCUGUAUAGCUCACAAGGAUGAACUGAUGGUAUUUAGCCAGUUUUUAUAUACUUCCUCCAGCUCGGACUUUUUUAAGCAUAGAUGUAAAUAAGGAGCAAUGUCACACCUGACCCCAGUGAGCUGGGGAGCGGGGAAGCUCUUCUCUUGCCAAGCCUGGUUGUAAUUUGUAACCAUUUUCUAUCUGUGCAAACUAUGUAAAUAUAUGUUUAAAUAUGUAAUAUUUUGUACAAGACACACUGGAGAACAAAGGGAACUCAAACAAACAAAAAAACUCUUCCACAUUCUUCACUGGGAACUAGAAGUCCAUCCCACAGAGUGGGACCGAUGCCCCUGCUGCUCCUACUUCCUGUGCAGACAGGCAGCUGUAUGGGAAACUGUUAUUUGGAGAUUUGAUUUUUUUUUUUCUGUAUGCAUUUAUUUAAAAAAAAAUAACUCAUUGGAUUACCUUGCAGUGGUGUGUUUGACUCUUUUAUAGACUGUCUUUAGCAUUGUGCAAUUUAAGAAUAACUUAAGUAUCUUGGACUUACAUAAAUCAUGAAUUGUAUAAAUGAUAA